CAAGGUUGGAGACCCCUGCAGGCGACGCCCUGCUCCACCUCCUCCGCGGCGUUCCUCUUUCCAUGCCUUCCCGCUGGCAGGUCCAUCGCUGCAAUGCAUUGUGGGGAUGGUAGUUCCUCCCGCCCCAAGCGAGCGAAGAUGUCCGAGGUGCGGCUGCCCCCAAUUCGGGUGCUGGAUGAUUUUCUUCUGGGCUCCGCUCGCUUGGCUGCCCCCGACGUGCGGGACCUGCAGCGCUGGCACAAUCGCGUGAUUAACAACCUCCUGUACUACCAGAGCAAUUACCUGCUGCUGCUGGGCGCGGGGCUGCUGCUGGGCGGGUACUUCCAACCCAUGCUGAUUCUGCUAAGCUGCCUACUCGUAUGUCUGCUGUUUGGAGGUUUCGUCUGGGCAGCUGAGAACAAGCCCCCCGUGCGACGCUUCCGGCGGAAUUACCCUGGCACGUGUUUCUUUGCCAUCCUUGGCACUGCGUAUUUCCUGGUGUCCCUUUUCGAAGGCUCUGCCACCUUCUUGAUUUUCAUCGCUCUGCCCAUAAUGUUGAGCCUCAUCCAUGCCUCCCUGCGUCUGCGGAGCCUUAAAAACAAGAUUGAGAACAAAAUCGAGAAUAUUGGACUCAAGCGCACACCGAUGGGGCUGCUCCUGGAAGCUGUGGGCCAAGAGCAAGAGGCUGGAUCCUAGACCAUCGGCAUUGGUUCCCCUUUCCUCUGGAACUGCCCUCUCUUUCCUUCCAACAGACGCCUGUGUGCUUAUUGUUCUGCUUGCCUCAAUCUAGCAACCUGGCUGUGAGUUCCUGUGGAAGAUACAGAAGCCUCUAGCUUACAUCAAACUCAGCAGAACUCCUGACCUGCGGCUGGGUAACAAACAGCCAAGAGAGGAAAUGGACUGAAAUCAGCCUAACAUUCCAGUUUAAUGUUAAGUAUUCCCCAUUGGAAUCCAUAUUGUUUUGCUUUGGAAAGGAAGGAAUCACAAAGAAAGGAAAACUAUAAUUUAAAAAAAACAAAACACCUCCCUAGUAAAUUGUUGGUUUAGAAUACAUAGUUGCUGGUUGAGAGAUGGACAAAAAUUGAGAUCAGAACCAAAUGAAAUCAGUGUUGUUCUAAUUCAGUUUUCUCCCACAAGGUAUGGUCUAGACCAGGGGUCUCCAUCCUUGGCAACUUUAAGCCUGGUGGACUUCAACUUUGCUGGCUGGGGAAUUCUGGGAGUUGAAGUCCACCAGGUUUAAAGUUGCCAAGGUUGCAGACCCCUGGUCUAGAUCAGUGGUGGUAUUUAGCUGGUUCUAUCCGGUUCAGGCAAACUGGUAGGGGCGACUGCGGGAUGCCCUGCCCACCCGUGCGGAUGUCAUCAUGUCCCAUUUUUCCACAUUUUCAAGGCUCUGCACAUGCUCAUGCGCGGAAGAUGGGGCGUGCACGCACAUUAGCAAACCAGUAGGGAAGGUAAGUGAAUACCACCCCUGGUCUAGAUAUGUUGAGACGCAGUUUCCAAAUGCUCUAGUGAGCUGGGAAUUUCCUGAAUUGCAGGAGGCUGUAGAUGGCUGGAUUAUUAUUGGCGGGCUUUCAAUGUAUUAUUGUUUGCAUAAUGCCACUGCUCUGAAGGCUUCAGAAACAGUAUUAGGACUACUCUGUGUAGAAACCCCAUUACUUAGGCCAGUAUCAUUUAUCACAAUAUUGCACAUAGUGGGCUGAGAUUUUAUAGAGCAGAAUGCUCCAGCCCCACCCCUGCCCACCCCCUAUAUUGCAUAGCAGAGCUGAGAUUGAAAGGAGGGAGUUUGGAUGGGUAUUUAUCUUGGACUGCAUCCCCUUUUCUGUAGGGGUUUUGGGCUACUGGUGUUCAGAUGGAGGCAGCAAGUAAAGCAACUUGGAUGAGGUUUGGCAGUAGAAGGGAGCAAGCCAGUUUGGAGAAGAUUUAGCUCAACUUUUGAAUGAAUGAUGGAGGGUAAUCAUUUACAAAUCUUAAAAGGAUUCUUUUAUGAAUGUUUUUGAGCCAAAGGGAAAGCUAACUUCCAAGUGCUGGUAAAGGAGGAGAUGAUGAUGUCCAAACCCACCCCCAAAAUGGCAUCAAAAUGGAACUACAUUUAUUUUAAUCUCUUCAUUAACAACUGGAGGUUGUUUAUAUUUUUGCAGCCCAGAUUUGGUAACGUUAAUAAGGUAUCACAGACUAUACAUUCCACUUCAAAAGUGUGGAGCUGCCCCGACUUUUGAGUAUAUUUAACAAACAAAAGAACUUUUGUGUCUUUCCAAGACCAAAUUAGGGAACUUCAAAACCGUCAUCCUGGCUCAUGAAUGGCAAUAAAGUGCAAUUCAAUUUGUUUACUUUUAGAUUAGAUUAAUAUGCACAGUAUAAUAGGGUAGGAUGUGUAAAGCAUAAUCACAAAUCAUAAUCCGAAAAUUUGGCUUUGCAUUGUGUGCGAAUGCAAAAUAUUUUAUCUCGCAACGAUCCUCUCUGUUCAAGUCAUUUGGAAUUCAGAUGGUUUUUGUACAAAACUUAAGAGAAUAGACCAAACCUGGAAUUCUGCACAGUUCUAAGUAGCAUACAGUACAUACAAAUGAGGUGUUCCAAUACUGAUCAUAUUCUUUUGAUCAUGCUGUUUUGAAAAUGAUGGGAAGAAGCAAUAAUUAAAGACAUAAUUUUGCUUAAAAAAGACUUUCCAUCUAAGCUUUUAUGAUCAUUUAGCAAGAAAUAUGUUCUUCUUCCUGGGGUUUCUUUGGGCCUCUAGAAGGAAAGGCAUGGUCCUUGUUUGCUACUAGCAAGAUAUAACAAUCAUUAGAAUAGAAUAGAAUUUUUAUUGGCCAAGUGUGACUGGACACACAAGGAAUUUGUCUUGGCGCAUAUUAACUUCACUUCUGAUCAACCUUUGCCUACUUAGGCUUCAAGUCUUUUCAGCCUUAAGUGAUCAGUGGGGCUGGCUGCAUAUAUUUGGGAAGUUGCAUCUGGAACUGCAUAUGGGCAGUUUCAAUUUGCCUUUGUACUUGAUAGAAUAUGUGUAAUACGCCAGAAUUAAUUUUUGUGUCUCAUGACAUCUGCUAGUUAGUUGUUGGGUGUUUUACUUUUCCCAAGCCAGGGUCCUUAAUAGCUCACUUCAGCUAUCAAAUCUCAUUAGACUACCGGCUUUCCAUGUAUUUAGAAGAAUUCCCAAGUCGCUUGGGUGAGGCUGAAGGGAAAACACGCUUCAAAAUCUGUAAGGUAGGGAUCAUAAACUGACCUAUACAAGCGUACAGCAAAAAGUCUUUCUGAAUUUUCAGAACACAUUUGCACCAUAAACUAACCACUUCAGCCGUAUUCAUACAACCCAUUGUGAUAAAAAUGCAGUUGACUAGUGGAUGAAGUCAGUGGAUACUUCUCUUGAAGUGAGUUGUCAACUUUGCUCAGCCUUUUUUUUUUUUUUAUUUGCAUUUAUAUCCCGCCCUUCUCCGAAGACUCAGGGCGGCUUACACUAUGUCAAGCAAUAGUUUUCAUCCAUUCGAUUCCCACUUUAAUAUGGAGGGAAAUUUAAGAGUUGCUAAAUCAGGUAGACAUUACUUUGCUCAAACUGGGGCAGCUGGAAUUGGAAUUCUCAUGAUAUGGUCAUUAUUUAGGCAGUAUGGAGUAUAAUCAAACCCAACUGGAGACACCACAUUGGUUAUCCUAGCAGAGGACUUCCUGGUAUAUGAUUUGCAAUUAUUGAUAUAGCCAUUAAGUUACUGAUGUUCUGUUUAAGACGUAAGUAUCUAUACUUGUCUAUACUUGUCUUCCUGCCUACAUAUUUUUGCAGUAGUAAGAAACUACAUGGCACCAUUUUCUACCAAGUUGUCAUGAGGUAUCAUUUAAAAGGGCUUUUUUUUUCUCUUAAGUCAUACCUGGAUGAAUCAAUUAAGAUCUGAAGCAAGCCUCUUGCAACCUUAUUAGAGGAUGCAAAGCAUGUAUGCCAGAGUUUGUAGGUCUGCAUAAUAUACUGGAUGAUUAUGGGGGAGGGGAAAGACAUGAACAGAUCCUUUAUUCUAAAUGGGAAAUUGCAGUUUGUGGUAUUUCAGAAAGAUGCUCUUCUCAUUCACAAUCCAGUAGAAUUAUGUAACAAGUAUUGAUAUGUAAUCCGAAUGGUAGAUUAUGAAUGUUCCCUCAUUCUUUAGAGCAGGGCUGUUAAACUCCUGGCCGGCAGGCCGGAUGCGUCACAUGCUGGCCACGCCCAUGCCCGGUUUAUCAAAGGGGGGAAAGUCCCAAUAUGUCACAUGACGCUGCCAUCAUGACACCCCUGCUUUAGAGGCUGCAUUCCUCACACGUAGAGCAUGAAGGUACAAACCCAACCCCCUAAUUGAAGUUGGAAGGAACUAAAAUGUGUACAGCUGCAGUUUGAAGGGAUCGUUCAUUUGGGGAUUUCUUCCUGGGUUACUGAGAGAGAGAGAUCUAGGCUUAAAAGGGAAACAUCUGACAUGGAAAAUGGCUUCCUCUCCAUUUAUUCAGCUCUUUGAAGUGGUCUGAGAGGUUUGCCAGGAAGAAAUUGUGAAUCUGGCAGUGAAGUGUGUCCCUCCAUCAAACAGUCUAUUGAAGGAUGGGGAAUGCUGGUUUCACCAAAUGUCUCCGGGGCUUUAAAUUUGUUGAUAGGAGGGGUGAACUUCAGGCUCCCUGUUUUUAUACUUUUAUAUGUGCCAAAAUCACUAGGACAGCUUUUCAACUAGCAAUAGAAUUGGAGAAAGGUUUUCAAUUGUUUGUAAUCAUGAUAGUUUAGAUUAAGGUUUAAAAUGUUACUUUAGCUUUUCGUAGUGUUGUGGUUCUGAAUGUAAAUGCAGCUUUACUGCAGAAGAGUGAACUUUGAAGAUUGCUCCUCAUGUGGAAAUCCUCAGAUUUUGAUUAAAGAGUUUUUCAGAAAUGUACGCAGGUCUUUUUUGAGUCAUGUGUACAGUGAACAUUCAGAUCCAGAUGCACACGAGAGACACGGAAACAGCACAGACUUACAUUUUUCUCAGCAACCAAACAAAUAGUAUUGUACAAUUUAAGUAAGUGUACCAGUUUAAACUCUCUGCAUAUGAGAAAUAAAGUCUUGUGAUUUUCAUGAUAGCGUUUCACAUGUA